UGCGCCGCAGCGGUCACGUGACCAUACCGUCGUCCCAUUACUUCCUGUAUCCUAACCUGUUAUCCUGCGGGGGGAAAAAAGAACAACUAACGGAUACAAUCGUCUGUCCGAGGGAAGAAAAUACACCGUAAUCCUCCUGCCUGUGUGCGCGCUUAUCGUGUGAAGCCGCAAAUAGUUAUUUAACUGCGAGAAGAAUGAGCGGAUGAAUCCCUGUUAGCUGUCGGGCCUUUUUUUUUUCCCUCCCACCCCUCCAUUCCGUGACAUUUCCACCAGCACACUUGACGCCUGUCAUCAUGUCAAAGUACACCAGCUUUCCUGAGCCCAUGGAAGAGCAGAACCCUUUCCAGGACCCUGCGGUGACCCAACACAGCAGCAACACCGAAUAUGCCACACUGGACCUUUACAAUCCAUUCGAGAGCACGGCGGAGCCUCCUCCUCCUUAUGAAGCCAGCUCUCCCUCUGCUCCAUCCAUGCCUGCACAGACCCCACCCAGCCAAACAACGCCUACUCAGCCUAACAACUAUGGCUCCUAUAACACCCAUACCUCCCAGACUGCAGUCAAUGCGACCACGACAGAGCUGAUGAAAAAGCAGGAGGAGCUGGAAAGGAAAGCCCGGGAGCUGGAGAGGAGAGAGCGGGAGCUGCAGUCACACAGCCUGGGGCCAGGAGCCUCCCGUCAGAAUAAUUGGCCUCCCCUGCCUUCAUUCUGCCCGGUCGGCCCGUGCUUCUACCAGGACAUCAACGUGGAGAUCAGCCAGCGUUUCCAGCGUACCGUCACCCUCAUGUACUACUUCUGGAUGUUCAGCACUUGCACUCUGGUCUUCAACCUGAUCUCUUCGCUGGCCAUGUUCUGCGUCGACACUACUGUCGGUGUUGGUUUCGGUCUUGCCAUUCUCUGGGCCCUGCUCUUCACACCCUGCUCCUUCCUCUGCUGGUAUCGGCCUGCGUACAAAGCUUUCAGGAGUGACAGUUCCUUCAACUUCUUCAUCUUCUUCUUUAUUUUCUUUGCCCAAGUGGUUGUGUACAUCAUCAUGACCAUCGGCAUCCCUGGAUGGGGGUUCAGUGGCUGGAUCGUGAGCUUGGCUGCGAUGAAAACAAGCACCCCCGUGGGUGUGAUCAUGAUGAUGAAUGCCGUCCUCUUUACCGCCCAGGCCGCCAUUGGAGUGUUCAUGCUGAAGAAGGUCCACGGCAUGUACCGGCAGACCGACGCCAGUUUUCAGAAGGCCCAGGCUGAGUUCGCCACCGGUGUCAUGUCCAAUCAGGCUGUCCGCCAAGCCGCUGCCAACGCUGCUCAGGGGGCCUUCACUGCACCGCGCUGAUGAAGAUGGACACGAUAGUUCUGGGUGGGUAAGAAGGAGGGGUGGGGCCGCCUUUUGUGUAAUAAAGGAUCAUUUGGGUAUUCAUGUUCCUACUGGUGAUUAGAUUUCAGCAGGUGUGAAACGUGAGUCUCUGUAUUUACCAAACUAAACAAGCAGUGCAUGAGGUUUUGUAACGUCUACACAGUGUGAAUUCUUCCUGGAAGUGUCAACAUAGAAGUGUUCAUGUUCCACUGAAAAGCUGUAAGGAGUUUAGGACAGUCAUAUCAUGUUUGAGUGGCGCAGCACUAGCCUUUCAUGACGUAGUGAUUAGACCCACCGACUUUUAAGACAAACUUGUUUACACGAUCACUUUCAGUGCUACCAAAUGCUACUUUUUUUGUUGUCUUCAACUAACGACUCUUAAAUGAGAAUGCCUAUUUAUGUUGCUGUCAAAAGUGCUCACACACUGUAAAAGAUGAAUGUGUUGCUGGUUCUUUGUUUUCAUACAAAUAUACUGUCAUGCAAGUA